AGAUAAAUAUGAUAGAUAUCCUUACUACACCAUCAAUGGCAAAGCCAAAACAAGACUACUCACGUACUCCAGGACAGUUGUUGUCUCUCAUCAGUUCUCUGGGGUUUUAUACUCCUGUUGGAAUGAAAAUGCCUGCAUGCAAUUCAAGUCAAUCGUCUGACAGUCUGAACGGAGUGAUUUCUCCCUUACCUAUGGUCCAAAAAGAAAAUACUCCUCUUUCAACUAAAUUAUUCAAAACAUAUCUUGAUACUUCUCAAUUAACUCCUGUGAUGCCAGUGAGAAGUUUAACUCCAACUCUACUUCAGUCUAGAAAAAGGUUUGGUACCUCCAGUGCCAGUAGUCAGUCACGCACACACCUGUCUGGUAUGGAAUCAGAAUGCUGCAGCAGCCCCAGGUGGGAGAAAGAUACAGAGCAAAGUGAAGAUGAACUACGUUCUGCAACAGGCAAAACAAGUAACAGUGGGUCAGCCCUCCUUUCAAAUGUAGAAUUUCUGAAUAGCAAAGAUAUUAAAGCUUUAAAGAAGAAAGAACUGGAGUCUGCCAUUUCUCCCAUCAGCAGCAAUGAUUCCAGCAGUAGGCAGAAGCUGGGAAGUGAACAGCCCAAUAUAAGGGAUACUCCUGUGACCACACUGGAUGUGAAAGGCAUAGUCAGAAAAUGUCUUUCUGAAAAUAAGAUUUGGGAAGAACAACUCUUUGUAAAUAAAAGAGAGAGAACUAAUGAAGCAACAGAAACUUCCAGUCAACAACAGUCACCUUCAAGGCAGAAUGAGCCUCUCAAGCUGGCCAAAGAGGAAGAAAUUUUUGAAAAGCCAGGUGUAAAAAGAAGCUUUGAAUUAGUUGACACUAGUCCUUGUCAGGAGCUUAACUAUGUUAAAAAAAGCAAUGCAGAAUAUAAACGUGGCUGUCAGAUCUCAGAAUUUCCAGCAAACAAAAGGACAGGUUUGACAACAGAAAUUCAAUCCUUAAUGCUUUGUGAUGAUGGAUGCCUACGUGACGCCUGCAAAAGCAACAAAGAAGUUAAGAGUUUUACUGGUAACCAGCAAAGUGUAGAAAGAUCACUUACUCCAACUAUAGCCAAAAAUCUUAUGUGUGAUCUGGAUGUGGACUAUGAAAAGGAUGAUAAAAAGGAGUAUAUGAACUCAAGUUUUGUAGGUACUGAUGAUGAAAAACCUUUAGGAAUCCUCAGUGCAGAUUCUGACUUAUUUCCUGAAGUGUCUGUUGGAGAGAGCCAUUUAGAAAAGCAGCUUUUAGAUUUGGACAAAAGUGUUAAAGACCUCUCUUUCGAGGAACUAAAACCAGAAGGCAUGCUUGUAACAUCACUGGAGUCCCAAGAUACCUCACAAAAUGGAGAGGAAGCACAUAUUGUCCAGGACUGCAAGCCAUCACAUCAUCAAAAGGAUCAUGACCAAAAACACAUGAAAGAAACUUACCUCGAUACAGUAUCUUCUCCAUCAGAAAACAUAAUGGAAGCACUGAAUCUAGUUAAAAAAAAUGCUGUUGCUUUUCGAAGUUAUAAUAGUCCAAUUAAUAUGUCCAAUGUAUCUGAGCCAUGUAGCAUGGCUUCCUUAGAUAUAAUGAAUCUCUCACCUGCUUGUAGUGGCUCUUACCCAACAGCUAUUACUCCAUUACAGAAAGGAAGACCAUAUCGGGUCUAUCAGACCCCUCAUCAGGGAGAUGCUGGCACACCAUACAGGACUCCAAAGAGUGUGAGAAGAGGAGCUGCCCCAGUAGAAGGUGAACGCAUCCUAGGGACUCCAGACUACCUGGCACCUGAGCUGCUUUUGACAAAGCCUCAUGGUUCUGCUGUAGACUGGUGGGCCCUUGGAGUUUGUCUGUUUGAAUUUCUAACUGGAAUUCCACCUUUUAAUGACGAAACACCAACACAAGUCUUCCAAAAUAUUUUGAAAAGAGAUAUUCCCUGGCCUGAGGGUGAAGAAAAGCUGUCUGAUAAUGCCCAAAAUGCAAUAGAUAUUCUUCUAACAAUUGACAGUACUAAGAGAGCUGGACUGAAGGAACUGAAACAUCACCUGCUCUUCCGUGGUGUGGACUGGGAUAAUCUACAGAAUCAGACGAUGCCGUUUAUACCUCAGCCGGAUGAUGAAACCGAUACCUCUUACUUUGAAGCAAGGAAUAAUGCCCAGCACCUGACUGUGUCUGGAUUUAGCUUAUAG